UGAAAUAAAUAUUUUUAUUUAUUAUACACACACGUAUUGGCACACAUACUUAUAUAUACACACAUCGAUAAUACGAAAAUAACACGAAAUAAACACGAUAACUGAUAGUAGUAGAUGACAGGUUAGAAUACACAAACCGACGAUAUUUCUACGUAAUCUCGAACAUCAAUUGAACUCAACAAAUAUGACUAUCAACACUAUCAAUAACACUAACGUUCAUAUCCAGAACAAUAAACUAUCUUACAAAACUUGAAAGAGUGUCGUUCCCAUCGCUAACUGCGAGCGCACGCGAGAACGCAUGAACGCAGGCCAGCCAUUCGGUAGCAAGCGCGCGCGCGAGCGUACAGUGAAAACGUAAACAUGGCCGCGGAGAGUAGCGAAGGUUUGCCAAUAUCUCCGUCCGAGAAAUCGUUAACCGGUAGCUUAGUGUCCGAGGAGAAUGAGAAAAGUGUAUCGCGAUCGCCGUCGACUUACUCGAUACGGGAGGACAAGUGGCCGGAUCUAGUGGUAUCGAGGCCUAGAAAACUGGACGCUUGGUGGUUACCGAGACUACUCCGUGUGCGGAGCGGCUUAAAGGGAUCCAUCGUUACGAUUUCUUCUAUGCGGCAAGAAUCCCAGAACGGUCUGAAGAUCAGACCAGCGGGUGACCACGGCGUGCAUCACGGUGGUGUCAUGCUUGAGGAAGACAUGGCCGGCGCCCAGGAUACCAUAUACCUGUGCAACUUUCGCGUGUCGGUGGACGGCGAGUGGCUGUGCCUGAAGGAGCUUCAGGACGUCGAGUUCUCGUUGCACGACUCGAUCCAACGAUCCCCCUCGCCACCGCUUGCUCUAAGUGGUAUUAACCAUCAUCAUCAUCAUCAUCAUAACGAUCAUCAUCGCCAGCAACAGCGAGAGCUUCGCGAUAUAAUGCCGUCAAGCCCACCGCCAUUGCAGCACGUUUCCAGCUUGUCACGGGAUCCAGUGAUCAUCGAGAGGAGUAACCUCGUUAAUAUCUCGAAAUUAAUCGUGAAGGAGCUGAUCGAAACGUCUUUGAAGUAUGGUCGAAUGCUCGACUCUGAUCAUAUGCCGUUGCAACAUUUCUUCAUCGUUCUUGAACACGUGCUUAGGCAUGGUUUGCGACCAAAGAAGGGUCUCCUUGGACCCAAGAAGGAGCUUUGGGAUAUUCUACAGCUCGUUGAGAAAUAUUGCCCCGAAGCGCAGGACAUUACGUCCAGUAUUCGUGAUCUACCCACUGUUAGGACCGCCAUGGGUAGGGCAAGGGCAUGGUUGCGCAUGGCGUUAAUGCAGAAAAAGUUGGCGGAUUACUUGAAAGUUUUGAUCGAUCACAAGGAGGACAUACUGUCCGAGUACUUCGAGCCAGAUGCUCUGAUGAUGAGCGAGGAGGCGAUCGUUAUAAUGGGCCUGUUGGUCGGUUUGAACGUGAUCGAUUGCAAUUUCUGCGUGAAGGAGGAAGACCUCGAUUGUCAACAAGGGGUGAUCGAUUUUUCAUUGUAUCUGCGGAACAGCAAUCACAUACCCGGCGAAUCCCCGGACGACGAGCUGGAAAACGACAACAUGACGACCGUGCUCGAUCAGAAAAAUUACAUCGAGGAGCUGAACCGACAUUUGAACGCUACUGUGACCAACCUUCAAGCUAAAGUGGAAUCAUUGACAACUACGAACGCUCUUAUGAAGGAGGAUCUCUCCAUAGCUAAGAAUAAUAUACUGUCCCUUCACGAGGAGAAUAGACAAUUGAAGAAAGAGUUAGGAAUCGAGAUCAAAGACACGAACGAGAAUGGGAAACCACCGAUCAAAAUCACUGAAACGACCACGGAAAUCGAGGAGUUGAGAAGUAGAUUAGAGGCUGAAAAGAAAAUGCGGCAGGAUGUAGAGAAGGAGUUAGAGUUGCAGAUGAGCAUGAAGUCGGAAAUGGAAGUGGCUAUGAAACUGUUGGAGAAAGAUAUUCACGAGAAACAAGACACGAUUAUAUCGUUGCGACGGCAACUCGAUGAGAUCAAAUUAAUUAACUUGGAAAUGUAUAAAAAGCUACAGGAAUGUGAGCACGAACUAACGCAGAAAGGGGAAAUGGUGAGCCGGCUCCACGCCAAGACGAAUCAAAUAGGGAAGAUCCUGAAUAAUCUCGAGAAGUGCAACCACAUGAAAAAGGAGGUGGAGAAUAUUCGUAGCCCGACGACACCGAGCAGUGUAACGAAAUCUAUCCUAAAUAAGACCAGUCCCACCUCGCCCAGGUGUUACGCUGACAAUGCGGUUGAUUAUCAACAACAACAACAACAGCAUCCCCAGUCCAAUAAUCAGCAACAAUCGGCUAACAAUCUGCAAAAGUCGACUAAUAACCAGCAUUUAUUUCAGGAGUGCGAAGGCUCGCUUAAGCAUAAAACAGAACUGAUCACUAAAUUGGAGGCUAAGACGCUAUCGAUGACUGAGACCAUCCAGAAAAUGGAUGAGAAGUGCAAGGAAAUCGACGACGUGAAAUCAGGAGCGGUGGAGAGGGUGAAGAUUUUGGGCGCAGAGGCUGCCGAGAGGGAGGCGAGGGCGAAUGGGGUCGAGAGGGAAUUGCGACUCGAACGUGAAUGGCGGACCUCCUUGCAGGAAGCAUCGAUCUCCAACGCGGAGAAGAUCUCUCAAUUACAUCAGGAAAUCGAUCAGUUGAGGCGAGUGUCCGAGAAAUACCUGGCCCUGCAGGAGGAGCAUUACGCGUUGAGGGAGAUCUGCACCGAGCAGGAGAGAACUCUGGAGGAACUUGGGGGGCAAUUGAGCGCCGCGAAAUUGGCGGCCGUCGAAUUAAGGGAGGCCGCUGACAACGCUCAACACCAGCACCAACAGCACCACCAGCACCACCAGCACCACCAGCAGGAGGGAGCGGCGACCUGGGCGAACGAUCGGCUGGUCACCCAUUGCAAGAGCUGCAACCGUGAGUUCAACAUCACUCGUCGCAAGCACCAUUGUAGAAACUGCGGCAAGAUCUUCUGCAACGCUUGCAGCGACAACACCACGUCCCUGCCGAAUUCAUCGAAACCUGUACGCGUGUGCGACGAGUGUUACGUGUUCCUGGUCGGUCGUUACACGUGUGCACGCUAGCGCUAACCGAUUUUGUCCAUCGUACGCUCGACGUGGCCGAUUUACCCAAGGACGAGAACAAACAAUGGGCAAACAAUGGAAGAAAGGAUCUAUCCCGCACAUAUACUCUCUCUCUCUCUCUGACAUACAUAUACACAUGUAAACACAUGUUUCUGCUGUCCUCGAAGAUCGCUUCCUUCCUCGUCGCCGUUCAUUUUCAAUUCGGCGCACGCGGUUGUUGUUCGAAAAGGUGUCGAAUCUACAUCGCCUCGAGUCCAAUCCCUUUCAUCGCAACAUCAUCGAGCGACGUUCUGUAAAAGAUUCGGGAAAUAUUGUUACGAGAGGGAGAGGCCGGCCGCCAUUUUGUCUCGAGGCUUUCCGAUGGAAAAAGUGUUUGCAUUUUAUAUUUUGACGAGGUAAUUUCGAUUGGUAUGCUUGAUUGGCACGUCGGUUUUUUCGUGACUACUCGGUGUGUAUCUUGACGUGCAAGGGGAGAUUGGGACGAGACGAAAUGUUUUGGAAAAGUGUGUCGUAUUGAGAAAAUUAUUAUUAUUAUUAUUAUUAUUAUUAUUAUUGCAUUAAGAUUAGAAUUUUUGUAAGUAGGGGGCAUUUGAAGGUCGGGAUUGUUUUUUUAAAUGUAGAAUUAUAUAGCAUUCACUUUUAUCGUAUUGUUAUAAAUAUUAUAUAUGUUAUUUUAAUUACAAAUAUAUUUUUUAAUGCAUGAAUUAAUUUUGUGGAAAAGUGAAGAUUAUAUAUAUUUUAUGAAUGGAAUGUUGAAAAAAAUACUUGACAAAAAAUGUUAUCAGAUUUACUGAAAAAAAAAAAAGUAUUAAAUAUAUAUAGUAUGCAGUAUGGAUAUGUGGUAUCAACAUGAUGGAUGUCCUGUUCGCUGCGCUAGGUAUAUCGAGUGAGAGAAACGUUAAAUGAUAGUCUUCUAUUAUCGUUUCACCAUUAUUAUUCUGCAAGAAGAAAUAACGUGUGAGAAAAAGAAAUAUUGUCUUUUUAAAACAGUUGAGUUGUACACCAUCUUUCGAUAUUUUAAUUAACAACGGUUGGAUUAUAUUUGAUCCAGACGAUUUGAUAAUCGAUAACGAAAAUUUAAUAAGUUUGAAUUCGUUUGAUACGUGCCACUUUUCAUCCAACUCGUCGAAUCCGAGAAUUCUUAAAUAUCUUUUAAAGCAAUAGUUUUUCGAUUUAAGUUAAAUUUGGUAUUUUAUUUUUAUGAAGAAUGAUGAACUGAAUUGAUUCAUGUAUUGAAAAAUGUAUAAUUUUAUUUAGGAAAAAAUUUGACUUUGAAAUGUCUUCUAUCGAAUGUUUAUUUAUAAAAAUUUAACUCUCAUCCGAAACAUUUUUCAAUACAAUCAAAAUUUUUGAUAUUUCAAAUUCCAAUCUUAAGUGUCUUAUUCUAUAGAGUUCUGAAUUAGCUAAUUAAAAAAGGUUUAUCUGUGAUUUUUUUAUGAUAGAAAAAUAUUCUAUAAGUAAUUGAAGAUAAAAUAAAAUUAUUUUUUUUGUAUUAAUUAAUAAAAUAUUAAAAUGAUAUAAAAAUAAAUAAAAAUAUUGGAAAAUAAUGGAUAGAGAAUUCGUAUAAAUUAUUAAUAUUUUAGAAAUAAGUAAAGUUAUAGAACAUUAGAUUUUAUUUCAUUUUUCAAAAAUAAUGAAUUUGUAUAAAGAAGGAAUUUUGUGUGUAUUGUUAUUGUAAUAAAUAAAAUAUUUUUUUUUUAUAUUUUACUAUAUUUACUUUCUAUCAUAAAGAAACAACAGAAAUUUUUUAAUUAUCUAAUCGUUUCUGUAUUAAAAUUGUAUUUUAUUAUAUCACUAGAUGAAUUGUUAACAAAACUUAUAUUAUAGCAAAAUAUUUAUAAAGAAGAAGAAUAAAAGAAAUAUUUAUAAAGAAAACGAAUUAAAAAAAUACGAAUUAAC